CCCAUAUCCCAUCUCAAUAUGAGCAAGGCAACUAUUGAGCAAGCUCUGACUGGUCUCAUCCCGACCUUAUCUGGACCACUUCCUCCAGAGCUCGUCGAUCUCGCACUAUCCUUACUUGCACGAUCGCGAAGCGUCGCCCAUUCUUUGAAGCCGGAUGAAGAGAUAGCACGGCCGUACGCAUGUGCGCAAUUAGCCUGUGAAAGGUCGAAGAAGCGCCUCAAUCUCCCCGCCAUCGCACCCCGGCCGCCCUGUCCUCCUCGCAUCUACAAGAAGCUAUACGGCUACCUCGAGAGCGCGCUGCCCGCACCAGCAUCAGCCACCCGAGAACCUCAGACCCCCCGUAAAUCUGCCUCGAGCGUCCCGCCUUCCGCGCGAACCACACCCAAAACACCGAGGACGCCGCAGAGCGCCAAGCGUACACCAAAGAGCACACGUAGGGAUGGGAAUAAGGACGAGGAACCCCCACAAUGGCUUGCGCCUACCAUUCGUGGACUCCUCAAGGCAUUUAAUUAUCCCAAUGCCGCAGGAAAUGUCUACACAGGCGUGGAGAUUAUCCUCCCGCUACUGGCGCGAAUGUCUGCUGCUGCCGCCGAAACACCCAGCAAGCGGCCGAAACGAGCUGCAGCGAUAUCACAACCCUCAACAUCAGAGAUAUUGCAAAGUCGCAUUCUAGGCCUCAUCGCGGUGGUUUCUUUCUACGUUCUGAACAGGAUGCUGGAUCAAGACAUAACACCUGAACAGUUCACCCAGUGGACUAACAAGGCCGUCGCAACGCUCCUCAAGUCGCCCGCAGCCAAAGAUGUGUCCGAAGCAGACCUGCAGGCAGAGAUCGAAUCGCUGAUGCCUAUGGCGCAGGAGGAGGGGUGGGUGCGCAUGGAGUGGUUCCUGAAUGUUCUUCCGCCGAGCGCUGAAGCGAUGGAGGGUGUCGAAGCGACGAAUAGUGCGUCUGCCGUAAUCGCGAAUCGAGGUCACAGCUUGCGUGAUGGUGGGAGUAGUUACAUCGGGCUGGGGACUAUGAUGCAGGAUGCAACUGAUUACUUAGGCGAAAGGCAGCGAGAAGAUUACGCAAGGUGGAAAUCAGAUAUUAUGGCCCGCGUUGAAGCUAUUGAGGCAUCGUCGUAGCGUAUCGAACCGCUCACACAACAUACUAUGGUCGGCGCAGCAUGUUCUCGAAGUCUAUAUUACGGCUUCUUCCUACAGCCAGAGGGGGGGUCUAUGUCCUGUGUCUAUUCGACACAAUCUACGCCGAGCGCCAUAUCCAGAAAGUUCAGACAAUCACCC